AUGACAGUUGUAUGGAAAUAUAUUUCCAGUAGUAUUCUAGCAUUACUGACAUGGGCAGUACAUCUUUAUCAAAGUAUAAUGUUCAGACCAGGCUAUCCUGGUGCACAUGAACGUAUUUCACGUGAAUGGAAACCUCCACCUCUGCAACCACUACCACCACCGCCGCCACCACCUCCGCCGCCGCCACCUACACGUAUACCACAAGAAGCUUAUCCGUAUAUUGGUCCAGGAAAAUGGAAUAGAGGUCGUAUAAGAUGGUUUAAUCCAGUUGAACAUUUUGGAAGUAUUAUUGCUGAUUUUCGCAAUUUAGAAAUCUUUUUUCAUCAGUCCAAUUUGUUUGGAAUUUCUCCAGAACAGUUAUUUCCAGAUUUACCUGUUUGGUUUCAAAUACGUCAGGGUGUUAGAGGAUUAGAAGGAUAUAAUAUUCAGCCAGCAAUUGAAAUGGGAGAAUUACCGUCAACCUCUCGUGUUCCAUUGCCCCAGCGUAUAGUCGGUCGACCUUCUUUCAUAUCCGGUCCUUCAUUUCUAGGUGGAGAGCCGAGUAGAAUCAGAAGGGUACCCGAAAGGCGUAGAACACGAAGAUUUCGUUGUUAUAACUGUGGACAGUAUGCUUCACAUAAAGCUGCAACAUGCCCAUAUGAACCAAUGAGACGACGUUGUUAUCGAUGCCGUGAUCCAACUCAUCUGAUAGCUCAAUGCCCAUUAUUACAUCCACCUUUAUUUCAUCAAUAUUCAAUUCCUGGUCCAUCAACUCUUCAACCAUCUCCACAAUUUCCAGAAAUACAACCUCCACUACCACAGCAGCAGCAGCAACAACAACAAGAACUAGGUGUUCAACAACCGUCUAUGCAAUACUUCUUCCCUCCAGGCUUUUAUGAAGAUGAUGACGACUCUGGUGACUUUAAAGAAUAA